CCAUCUGGCAAAAGGAUCUGACUGAUUGAGCAGAUAUUUCUGUAUUCUUCAUUGUUCCCCGAAUAAUACCACUGCUAAAUUCACCCAAAUUAUCUGCAUUCAAUUACACAAGCGUAGUCGUUCAAUUUCUUUCUCAGUGAAAUAAUUCAUGGGAUCUGCCAAAAAUUCAUCGGAUUCUGAAACUAGAGAACAGCGUAUUCCCGAAGAAGCUGUAAAAAUACUGAAAUCUUUGGCACAAAAAUGGGACGAUAUUACCGAUGCAAAUGCGUUGCAGGUUGUUCCAUUGAAAGGAGCCAUGACUAACGAGGUUUAUCAAAUCAAAUGGCCUACGAAUUCUGACAAUGAAUCGCACCACCGUUCGAGGAAAGUGGUGGUGAGGAUUUACGGUAAAGGGGUGGAUGUAUUCUUCGACAGAGAAAACGAGAUUCGUACAUUUGAGUUCAUGUCGAAACAAGGACAGGGGCCCCGUUUGCUGGGGCGGUUUUCUAGUGGCCGUAUCGAAGAAUUCAUUCGUGCUCGGACACUUUCAGCAGCUGACUUGCGUGAUUCAGAGAUAUCUGGCCUUAUAGCAACCAAAAUGAAGGAAUUCCAUGAUCUUCAAAUGCCUGGCCCCAAGUCUGUGUGCCUGUGGGAUAGAUUGCGCAAUUGGGUUAAGGAGGCUAAACGUUUGUCUACACCAGAGGAAGCCAAAGCUUUCCACCUGGAUUUCAUGGAAGAUGAAAUAUUAGCACUUGAAAGUAAUCUAUCAUGUGGUCAUCAACGCAUAGGAUUCUGCCACAAUGAUUUGCAAUAUGGUAACAUAAUGAUGGACGAAGACACCAGAUCAAUAACAAUAAUUGACUAUGAAUAUGCAAGUUACAAUCCUGUUGCUUUUGAUAUAGCAAAUCAUUUCUGUGAGAUGGCUGCUGACUAUCAUACAGAAACCCCUCAUAUUCUGGACUAUAGUAAAUAUCCAGGUUUUGCGGAGCGUCAAAGAUUUCUGCGUAUAUAUCUGAGUUGUUCAGGCACUCAACCUAGUGACUCGGAAGUGGAUCAGUUGGUUCAUGAAGUGGAGAAGUAUACUCUUGCAAGCCAUCUCUUUUGGGGCUUAUGGGGAAUAAUUUCGGGGCACGUCAAUAAAAUUGAUUUUGAGUACAUGGAGUAUGCAGGACAAAGGUUUCAACAGUACUGGUUAAGGAGACCUGAAUUAUUGAAUUCUUCAAGUCCUACCACAAACAUUAUAGCUGAUGGCAAGCGAGAGAGUACUGGACACUGUUAAACCAUACGUGGAAUAUAAUGGAUGUUUGGGAAGAAUUAAAUAGGUCGACAGAAAGGUAGCCUGAAGAAGACAACUUAACCAUAUGUAGUAUCAUAAGAUGCUCUUGCCGUAGUAGCAUUUUGAACUUGUGUUCUUUAAAGAUGGGUUGCCUUCUUCAUUUUUUUUUUUCCAAUGUAAAGCAACUGAAGUGCUCUUGCAUUAGCUUGAAAUAAUACUGGGAUCCUUGAGAUCGGAGGCGUACUUCCUCUCCUGGAUUAUGUGGUGGUGGCCUGGGUUGGAACUUGCAGUAAAUGAUUUUAGUUUCUUUUUCUUACCAUAGCAAUUCACAUUACCAAAUGUGGUAUUUAUAUAUGCGUUUAUUGUUUACCAUAAAUUAUAUGGAAUCAACAUUAAACUA